UCUUCUCUUACUUUUGCGCUCUGUUCCGCCCCAUUAGCUCGCCUCCUGCGCGCCCGCCAGUGCCGGCACCACCAGUUGCUCCUCGGCCGCCCCCUCCCGCGCGUGGUACGGCCCGGCGGGCGCGCAUCCAGGCACAGGUUAUAAAGGCCCUGCUGCGGCAGCCGACUGCGGACUCAAGAUGCGCCCGAAAGAGUUGGGGCAGGGUUCAGCCGGCGACUGGCCGGGACCCGGCGAUCCGGCAGCAGUCACCGCAGCUCCUCCGUCCGCAGCCAAUCCCGCUCCAGAGCCCUCCGCCGAGCCUGAACCCGCCCCUGGGCAGGUACCGGCGGCAGGACAGGGAGCAGGAUCCGGAUCCGCACCCGGCUCGGGACCCUCAGCGGGAGCUCGCCCGGCCUCCAAGGCUGCAUCGGAGGCAGGAGUCCAGCGCGCGUCCGCAUUCUCGGCAGUCCAGGGGAAUGCCCAGUCCGUGCCCGACAACUCGGACGCGCCGUGGACUCGCUUCAUAUUCCAAGGUCCAUUUGGCCCCCGGGCCGCUGGCUUGGGGACUGGAAAGGCAGCGGGCAUCUGGAAGACGCCGGCUGCCUACAUCGGCCGGCGGCCUGGGGUGUCGGGCCCCGAGCGCGCCGCCUUUAUUCGGGAGCUGGAGGAAGCGCUGUGUCCUGACCUACACCCACCAGUCAAGAAGAUCAUCCAAGAAGAUGUCAAAGUGAUGUUAAGUUUGCUAG